GACCACUCUCACAAAAUACACGAAAACGCCACGCCCGAUAAAACCCCGAAAAAAAUCUUAUCGACUUCCUGUUGGUGAAUCCUGUUCUUUUUUAGUGUGACAACAAAUUUUGCAAAGGUACGAAGGAACGUAACUGCCAGCACCCACUCGGCAACCAACUCGGCAGCGACUGUUUAGUGAAGUUGGUAAGAACCGACAUUUGGAACUGUUCAAAAACGUUUCACUGUUUGUCCUGCAGAUGGCGCCGAUUUAGUAAAAGACUAUUUUAUCUGCGACAUCUCCUAAAGUUGCUUUUUUCCUUGUUUGUAUUAUCUGAAAACUUGCUUGAAUGUCAUCCUUGAUUUUGUAAUCUGAAGAAUAGAGGAAAAACGUUUGCCCCUAACACAUAAAGACCCAUACCCAAAUAAGACAGCAGGAAAUGUGGAUCUUUUAACUCUGGGGUUUGGGGUUUUAUUAAAGACAUUUUUUAUUUAUUUUUUUUUUUUUUUUGAGCUAAGCAAGUGAAUCACAAGAUGGAGACUACAAGAUGUCGGUCUCCGCAGCUGAUUGUUUUUGCUGUUGUCUUCCUUGGUACCCUUCACAAUUGGAUCGUUGGUGCUGAACUCACUUUUACUUUGCCUCACAUGGUAGACGAUUUUGAAAAGACUACAGAUCACGCAACGGAGGAAUUUCCUGUUCAACAUUCUACAUAUUCAACUCCAUAUAAAGAAGGACCUGAACAUAAAUCUUCAUUUUUGGAUCCAAUAGAUGAUCACCAUCCUUCAUCGGAGACAUCCAUAGCUGAUCCAGCCUCCCGUGUCCGACGGAUAAACACGAUAUACUUUAGUGAUCUUUUUUCUAUUGAGGAUCGGAGACAUGGAUGGGUGGCCCUGCAUGUUUUUGGGAUGAUCUACGUUUUUGUGGCACUUUUAAUUGUGUGUGAUCAAUUCUUUGUUCCUUCGCUGGGGGUCAUCAUGGAAAAGCUGGCCAUCUCAAAUGAUGUUGUUGGAGCCUCGUUCAUGGCUGCAGGAAUAGCCGUCCCAUGGUUCAUUACCAAGCUAAUCCAAGUCCUCUACUAUCACUACAAUUUAACUGUGAACAUUAACCCAACUAUUGGCGCUACAGCUUUCAAAAUGUUGUUUGUGAUUGGAACAUGUGCCAUGUUUUCUGCAAAGGUUCUCCCUCUACGUUGCUGGUCAUUUUUCAGAGACUUAUCAUUCUACAUGCUUGGCUUCAUUCAACUGAUCAUUUUCUUGUCGGAUAGUGUUGUCGCAUGGUGUGAAAGUGUGAUUCUGGUAACCGUUUUUGUACUCUACAUCACCUUUUUGAUAUAUGAUGAGAAUGUGGAACAAAUAAUGAAGACCCAACUCCAGAAAAUCAAAGGGGUGAUGAAAGCUUCAUUUGUGAAGAAAUGCAAAAAGGUGCUCCCGAUAGAGCCCCAGGUGUGUACACCUGAAGGUGAGAAUGAUGCACAAGGCCCUGGAGACUGUGAUGAGGAAUGUGGCAAUGAAAACAAUGGCGGAUGCAAUGAAAAGAAGUUUGUUGAGAGCAAAUUGCUACAAGGAGCUACAUCUCUGUCUUUACGAUGGCCUGACAAAUGGCAGGAACGAGCCGCCUACAUUAUCCUGUUGCCAAUCAUCCUUCCUCUGUGGCUCACACUUCCCAGUGUUCAUAAUCAGAAAGCCAGAAAAUUCUUUGUGCUGACCUACCUCGUUUCCAUUGUGUGGAUUGGGAUCUUCUCCUACCUUGAGAGGUGGUGGGCUCAUCAGGUGGAUGAGACGUUUGGUGUGAUGGGUCCUAUGACAUUCGUGGGAGCACUGAUGUCCAGCUCUGAUUUUAUAACUAGCCUAAUAGUGGCUCGUAAAGGCCUUGGAGACAUGGUUGUGUCCGGUAAUUUGGGCAGUAACAUCCUUACUAUGACUCUAUUUCUUCCAGUGGAAUGGUUCCUCUACUCAGCCAUCCAUGGUUUCUCCCCUGUAGCUAUCUCGACUGAAGGCCUCUUCUGUGUCAGUUUCCUCCUCUUCGUCAUCCUCCUUGCUGCUGUCAUCUCCAUUAUAUCUUUUAAGUGGAGGAUGAAGAAACUGCUUGGCCUCACCUUGGUCCUUCUCUACCUUAUUUUUAUUGUCAUUAGCAUAUUGAUGGUGUUUCAAAUCAUUAUAUGCCCUGUGUAAAAAAAAAAAAAAAAAAAAAAACUCGAAAUAUGUUUAUGUAUUUUCUUGGAUUCUUCUCUAUAAAACGGAUCCAUCCUGACAUCUAUCAGGGUUUAAGGAAAGAAGUUUAAAAGAGUUAGCGUGAUAAUCAAAUUAUUAUCAAUAUACCAGCUGAAUACAUUUCAUGAAUAUAAAUAUAUAUUUUAGCUGUUAAAUAAUAACAUAGGUGCCGUUUUAACAACAAACUUGGCCCCUAGUGAAAAAGUAAUUGUCACUUUUCCUAAUUGAAGGCAACUGCCAUCAGUUGUUUGCAGGAACUGGCAGAGAGUCUUUCAUUGCUGAUGAGAAAUUUUGGUCCACUCCUCUUUAAAUGGUUGCUUUAAUUCAGCAGUAUUACAGAAGCAUUGAUCACGAUUAGCCUCGUUAUGGUCAUGCCGCUGCAUCUCAAUCCAAUUUAGGUUCAAACUUUCACUAGACUACUCCAAAACCUUCAAAACAUCCCAUACCAUUCAGAGGUGGACUUGCUAGUGCACCAUUGUGCCUUAUGUAUACAGCCUAAGUUCACUUAUGCUAUCUACCUUUGUCUCAUCAGUCCAAACCAGUCUUUUCUUUCUUUAGAUCAAGACAUGGAUGUGUUGUUUUUGGAGAACUUAUUUUUUGUUGUCAGACAUGUUUUUGUUAAAGUGCUUUGUUGAUUCUACAGGCCUCCAUGUAAAACUGUAAAAUUAAACAACCGAAAAAUAGGAUCAAUAACAGUUAAUUCAUGACUCAACUAAAGGCAGUGAUUACUUUUUUGUUUUACAUAGGCCGAGCUUUGAUAGCUUUUUCCCUUAGUAAAAGGGAAAAUCAUUUCGCUUGCACUCUAGUUGUCUCAGUCAGAUCUUCUAAUUUACAUCAUGAUGUGAAACGUUAUAUUGUGACUAAAAAUGCAAAAA